AUGCCAAAGGCUAUAAGACAACAAGGUGUAACAGAAACUAAGUUGAAGCUUUUGGCAAAUGUGAGUGGUGUUUUUGCACCUGGUGUACUUACAGCAUUAAUGGGAUCAAGUGGAGCUGGGAAAAUGACUUUAAUGGAUGUGCUUGCAGGAAGAAAAACCGGAGGCUAUAUCGAGGGCGAUAUUAAAAUAUCUGGUUAUCCAAAAGUGCAACACACAUUUGCAAGAAUAUCGGGAUAUGUUGAACAAAAUGACAUACAUUCUCCCGAAAUGACGGUUCAGGAAUCUCUCUGGUUUUCCGCAUCACUUAGGCUUCCGAAGGAUGUAACCAAAGAAAAAAAGUUAGAACUUGUCGAACAAGUCAUGAGACUGGUAGAGCUUGAGAGUUUAAGAAAUGCUAUAGUUGGAAUGCCUGUCACUUCUGGCUUAUCAACCGAGCAGAGGAAGAGACUGACGAUUGCAGUGGAGCUUGUAGCAAACCAUUCAAUAAUUUUGACUAUGAAUGAUGAUUGA